AUGAGUACUAACACUUCACGAACUCAUGCCUCCUCCUCUUCCCCUCCAUCCUUCUACUCCACGCCCCCAUACGCUCUAUACUCCUACACGAACAAGAAGGCUCCUCGUAGCUGGCCCUCGCCUACCAUGAGCUCUUUGAAUUCUUUCCAGCAAGCCAUUCUGAAUAGCAGCAGAGAGGAUACAUUUUCCGGACCUGAAGAGUUGUCUUCCAACUCAAACUCUCCUAGCUCUACCGCCUUCACAACCGAUGGCAGGAAUUCACCCUCUGGCUCAAUAUCUGCGACGACUGAAGCUGGUCGUCUGAGCGUUACUUCUGUCUCAGCUGCUUGCCUAGCUUGUCGAAGCAAGCACCUGAAGUGUGACGGAGUGAAUCCAUGCUCUCGCUGUGUGACCUCUGGUUCUGAAUGUGUUUAUGUCGCCUCAAGGCGUGGUUACAAAGGCCCUCGACGAAACAACACCCACAAAGUCACGAAACGUCCCAGUCCAUCGCCUGGUCGGCCCCAAACACCAAGUCGAAGUGGCGAUGGCUCCAUGUCGCUUCGGUCAACGCACUCUCCCUUUUCAGUAUCAAUGCAGUCUCCUCCUUUAGGCACGGAUUCUACCUUUUGGACGCCUUACAUAGGUGAUGACACAUGGAGCUCACCAUUACCAACUCCAUUCGUCGAUCCCGCUUUAGCCACGAACAACAGCAUGGAGACCGAUAUGUCUUUCUUUCAACCAUACGGCGCUGCAGAUCAAUCUAACGAUAUGUUCAAUCUCUUUGCUAACCAACACCAUGGAUCUAUUCCAACACAAGCCGCAAUACCUACUUUUGCCGAACGCUGUAUCGACUAUUUCUACAACCAUUUUCACGCUGCUCAUCCCUUUGUUUUACCAAGGGAAACUCUUUUCAGCAUUGCGCAUGAGACAGAAUUGGAACCCGUACUCGCCACAAUGCGAUGGAUAGGUUCGUUGUAUAUACCUGCCUGUCCACAUCGGGGCCAACUCUUCCAAGAAGCUCACCGACUGGUCUACAAGCAUGAUCGUCGCAAAGACGGCUUUCUGGUCCAGGCCCUGCUGCUUCUCCUGAUUUGUCUCGACGGACAGGGUCUACAAGAAAAAGCUAGAGAGAUACUAUCCGAGGUUGAGAGAAUUGCCAUCGAAAUAGGCCUCAACACGAUAUCCUUUGCCAAUAUACAUGGGCGGGGGAUAUUAGUGAUGGAAGAGAGCUGGCGACGAACUUGGUGGGAACUUUUUGUGGUCGACGGCCUGAUUGCCGGGAUUCACAAAAAGACAAACUUUACGCUUUUCGAUUUUGUGUCUGAUGUUGCGCUUCCCUGUGAAGAAUACCAAUACCUCUCGGAGGAAAUACCACAGCCCAGGCACCUCGAAGACAUGAAUGAUGGUGGUUUCUAUGGUCUGAACCGUGAGUUCUCAUCAUUUACAUAUCGAAUUAAAUCCGCUCAGAUCCUCGGCAAGCUUUUGAGGAGUCGUCCUACUGCUGGGCCCGACGAUGAAGCCCUCGGCCAUAUCGAGGCAUUGCUCACUGACUGGCGUCGCAGUCUACCCCAGUCAAAAAAGGAUGGGCUAUACCAGAGUGGCAGGCUGGAUGAGAUGAUGUUCCAGGCAUAUAUGAUAGCCCAUACCACGUCGAUCCUGCUUCAUCAACCGUACUCGCAGUUGACCUUGUCGUCAAGUCAAUUGGCUGACCCAAGCACUUUAAAUGGCUCGCAUGAUAGUCUCGAUGCCCAUACAAAAUAUACGAUAUACUCCGCCGCAGAACUCAGCAAACUCCUCACCCAUCGCGUCUCACUUCUUUCCCAUACACACUUCCUCAACUACGCGGUACGAAUGUCCUCCGCCAUACAUCUUACCAAAUGGGCUCUGCCUCUUGCGCCGCACGAAGGUAGCUACAACAACAUACGUCGCUUUAUUCGACUUAACAACACUGUUUUCUCAAGAAUGUCUCCAAUUUGGAGCGCUGCUGAGCGAGAAGGUCGCUCGGUGAAAAGCAUGGCGCAGGACAUUUACCAAGGGAAGAAACAACAGCAACUUAUGCCCCAGGUUUGGUAUAAUAUUAGUCACGAAGCGGCUAUGGAGAUAAUUGCAGAGGAUGAAGCCAUUAUGCAAGAGUUUGAGAGCAUAUCGGGUACGCCUGGCAUGUUGGGCCAGUGA